AUGGCAUCGUUGCUCUCUCCAGACAAUCAGGAGAGCAAUGUUGAAGGCUUCUUUCUUGUCAUGAAACUAUGCAGUCCAUCCAGAGUUUAUAACAGCUGCAUGAGACCCAGGAUUUGUCCUGGUCUCCAAUUUUACAGUCAAAAUAAUGAAAAAGUCAAUACAUCAGCAAAAGACCAGGAGAAUACGAAAACUAACGAAGAAUCUUCGUCCGUAAAACUAGUGGAAGAUGGUCCACCCGAUGAUAAAAAAGCUUUCUUUGGGCAUCCACUGACCGCUGCUACAUCAGCAAUUAAUGGCGAUGAUACACAGGCACUGAGGGCAGCCCUCCAACAUGAGUAUAUGAAUUUUUCAGCAGCAUACAGCAACGAUGCAAAAGAUAAACUUUUCUCAUUAUGUGAUGUAACUAGGGAUGCAAAAUAUAGAAAAGCUCAAGAAUUGAAUGCGAUUGAUGAUAUGAUCUUUGAACCCAAUACUGAUGACAACUAUUGCGUAAACACCAGCGGCUACAACUUCGGUCCCGAAGCAGUGAAAUCCUUUUCAACAAGCAGCGGAACUAGCUGUUUAGGUAAAAAUAUAAGAGUAGCAGCCAGUACAGUAAAAAUUCCAAAUCCAUCCAACGAAACAUAUUCGUCUGUCAACGGCUCUUCAGCCUCUCCAAUGCUCACAUCAACUACUCCUGAAUUUGGCAUUAUUUCGAGUUUAAGAGGAUAUAGGAGCGAUGACAAUGAUAAGAAUCUUGAAAACGCUAGUUCUAACAACUUGAAUGGUCUUAAUCCUUCAUCGUCGCCAAUCUCAUCAUCCUCUCUUUUGGACGGCGCUUCGUCUUUAAUUCAAGAAAUAAACACGGAGUCCACCAAUUCAGCACCUAUCACUAAUGAAUCAGGCACUUUGACUUCCUCCCAACUAGACCAAACUGACACACCGACCAAUAGAGAAGGAAACGUUAGUCUCAUCAUCAACAGGUCCACUUCACUUAGCAUUGAUGCAAAUAUAAAUCUUCAUGACACUGCUGACACCGAAAGAAUUCUUAAUAGAGAUUCCUCAAAUAAUACGCUUGAAAAUCAGCAGAUAAUAAAUUUGUCGAAUUUGACUGCUACUUGUUCAAGCUCCGAAACAACUACAGCUCUCAUUUGUGGAACAACAGUUACACUUCAGUGUAGUAGCAAUAGCAGUAAUAAUAACAACAACAACAAUAAAACUGGUCAUUCGACUGUAACCACUCGUUCCACUUUAUACCCGCCUCCGGUUCAACUUCCGCUAAGUCCAGUUGCAACUUUAUCAACUCCAUUGUCUUCCGUUUGUACUGUCCCUGACGGGCAAGAGAAUUGCCAAGGAGAGAGACAUGUAACCUCUGAAAAUGGACUUUCAUUUGGUUCCCUUACAAAGGUUCAGCAAUCAUCACAUGUUUAUGAUAGACGUACAGACGACAGCGCUACAUCUUUGACAUCAGUAUCUCUUAGUGUUAUUGGCGACCCAGAAACAGGUGAUCAGACGAAUCUUUCCCUUUUCGAUCAGCAUCAAACUCGUGAACCUGCACAGGUAGCUUUGCGUCAACAGCAACAACAUAACAUCUUUCUGAUAGAACAAAAUUCUAAAGUAUCAACUUCGGCAGCAUCAAAAACUUCUGAAACAGUUGUAAACCAGCCUGUGUUGGGCGCUGGGGACGAAGCAGUUACCUUGGAAGAAACAAGUGGAGGAAGUGCGUCUCCGCCACUGCUACCCCAACAAACUCCAGCAGCAGCAGAAGCUACAGGUAGUAACAACAACACUCCCACCGACACUACAGUCGGGGUUGUGGAAGUGACAGCAACUAGUGUGGGGAUAUUGACAACAAGCGGACCAACGUCAACGGCAAUUGGAGACGUAAACCUCCACCUCAACCAUCAACAUCCCCACCACCAUCAACAACAUAAUCAGCAGCAGCCGAUACAGGUAAUACCGUCAUCAGUAACGACCACAGCACAGACCAGUUCGGUACAGGUAAGGCAGUCACCGACAGAAGAAGCGGUUUCCCUUUCCACAAAUUCAAAUUCAACAAACAAACUCCUUAUCCAAGCACUGUCGGCUAAAAUCCGACAACGAAUGAACGACAGCACCUCGAUAUCAUCUACUUUGGCCCCUUUGGCUUCAACGACCACUAUAACAACUGCCUCAACAUCGGGUGUCUGCAGUGUGAUCGAGCAACAACAGCAAAACAAUUCUCAUAUUAGUAACAACAGUGGAGUGCGUGUAAUAACUCCGGCUAACGGUCAGCAAAUUACAAAUCAUCACCUACAACAACAAUCCGGUCAGGCCCACUACCACAAUAUUCCGACAGGUAAUCCUUGCACCCUUCAGACAACCCACACUAAUCCAACUACCUGCGAGAUGGUAAUGGUAGACACGUCCAUGCACCAGCGAACCAUAGAGGAGUCCUCACAACAACAACAACAACAACAGCAGCAACAGCAGCAGCAACAACAACACCAACAGCAACAAGUGAAUCAUUUAUACCUAGAAAGUCUUGACCAUGCUGGAACCGCUCAUCUUUACGUCAAACAAGAAGGAUUUCUGGAUGAUCUCAGUAGCGGCGACAUUUCAGGCUUCGAAAAUCACAAUCGACUGACCCCUUUACCGCCGGUCAGUACUUCAGUUAUGAUGUCCGCUCCAACUCCACCCGGAAAUGUUGAUAGUGGUGGUGGCGGAGGAGGCGGACCAGGUCCUGGGGUGUCCGGAGGUGCAACUAACGGAGGAGGGGCUGGUUUGAUUACAAACUCACAUGGUCAGUGCCUUCAAGUUCUACAGCCUGUACAGAGCGUUCAACAACAUGUACACAGCUUGCAACAACAACAGCAACAACAACAACAACAACAACAACAGCAACAGCAACGUGUGGCUGCAGGAAUGGUACCUACAAGCUAUCCCGGAUCAGUGGGUGGAUCAGGAGCAGGUGGUCCAGCUUCAUCCACGGACGCUUUUUUUUCCAACUAUUUCAGUCGACCAGGUUUAGAUGGUAAUGGUCAAGCAAACUAUGAAACACGUGAGAUCAUACGCUUGUUCUCCGAAACGCCUCGAUUUUAUUCGGACCAGUCGCAGGCCAUUUACCAGCAGCCUCCCUAUGGCGGAAGUUUACAGUCUCCGGAUAGUGGAUACCAUGAGUGUAUGUCUCCAACUGAAACCACGGGGUUUAAAGAAACUGCUACUUUGGCAUCCAGCUACAACACUGCACCUAACGGAGGAGGCAGUGGGGAGAUUAUUCCAGACGUAAAACCAAAAAUAAUAAAGCGGCGUCGUUCGCAAAGCACAGUCAGUCUGAAAGGACAAAUUCCUGGAGGAGAAAAAUUACAUGGUUCUAGUGUUCAUAUACCAAAAAUGGAAACAAAUCCGUCUGGAUUCAAGUAUAUCUUGGAAACCCCAACAUCCACAACCCAACGAAUUGAAGAAGACCGAAUCACAUAUUUAAAUAAAGGACAAUAUUACACGUUAACGAUGGAAAAUAUCAGCAAAGAACAGUUAAGCAAAAACCUGACAGUCACGUCGCUGAUUAUGGUUAAAUUCCGAGAGCCAAUGAGUUUAGAGAAAAACCUUAUAGCGUGGGAAUUAUGGAGUGAUCGACAACACAGUACUAAGACUCGUAUACUCGACAUCGACACAAAAAAUGGUCAGGGAAUUCUCUCAAAUUCUAUAGAAGAGUUAUCUCAUAAUGCGGUAUCUGUAAAAUGGAAGCCUUGCGAUGUACCGGCAACAGUAAAUAUUGCUAUAAAUUGCCUAAGUACAGAUUUCAGUAACCAGAAGGGGGUAAAGGGUAUACCGUUGCAUAUUCAAGUGGACACAUAUGUAGGGGAAGAUAGGUACCCAGUACACAGAGGCUACUGCCAGGUUAAAAUAUUUUGUGACAAGGGGGCAGAACGAAAGACUCGUGAUGAAGAACGACGAAGAACAGCCAAAGUGAAAGGAGAGAAUAAUUCCUCUCCUGAAAGUUCCCCUUCUCUAGAUGGUCGUAAGAGAGUUGAAGAAAUUUAUCACCCGGCAAAUGAACGAUCAGACUUCUAUUGCAUGAAAGAUCUUACCUCAGAGCCACAACUAUUCAAUCCACUCGGUGAUAUUGAAGAUUACAGGCAUGGUAUUGUUCACUACUCGUUGCCAGAAGACGAUCGUGCUAUAAACACAAAUAACAAUAAUACAAACAGUAAUGUGGAUCCAAACAGCGAUUCGUGCUAUCCACCAGCAAAAGUGCCGAGACGAAAUAACUUCCUUUACUGUAUGACAUAUCAAAAAGUAAUGCUGUACGUUCGUGAACAGACAGAAGAAACAUUUACUGCCCUGUUAUUAAGAACCCCGACUGUGGAAGGUCUUCUGAGAGCUGUGGAAGAAAAAUACGAGAUACCAGCGUCAAAGGUGAAAAACACGUAUAAAAGAUCGAAAAAGGGGGUUCUAAUCAAAAUGGACAACAAUAUUAUACAGCAUUAUGCCCACGAGACAACGUUCAUCAUCGAGAAGUGUCGGACACCAGACGAAAAAAGUUAUGAAAUUAUACUGACUGAAAUUGACCCUUGA